CAGCGCCGCUUGUAGGUGUAACGGGUGGACGCCGUAGGCAGGACAACAUAGCCGAUAAAAGGACUCGUUUCUCCGCCGGGAUAUAUUUUGUUGCCUGUAUAAAUUUCAUUUUAUUGGACGCAAUGAAUCCUUGAGGACGUUAAUCGAGACACAACGGGAUACUUCAUCUAUUCAAUACGAGAAAAGCCAAGGGCCAUUUUGAUCAUUGCAUAGGACAUACUUCGGUGAAAAAUGUCACAGGACGACGUUGGAUUUUUGUACAAAACUAUGAUUGAGAGGGAUCCUAAAAAGAGGAAGGUGAAACCAGUUGAAUCAGCGCAACAAUCAUUAUUAGAUUUUGACUUAGGUGAAAGCUCUGAUGAUAGUGAUUUUAGAAUUGAGGAUCAUUCUGAAGAAUCAGAUGAUGAUUCGGUAGAUUCCAAUGAUGUGGGAAAAGAAGAAGAAGGUGGAUCUGAAGAAUCUGAUGAUGAUCUGCUUGAAGAUCCAUUAUUAAGAGGAAAACACAAUGCUAACUUGACUGUAGGAGAUAUCAUGGAACAAGCACGUCAACAAGCUCUAAAGAGUGGUGUCUUUGAAGAGAAGCUAAACAAAAUGCUAAUUUGUUGUGGUUGUUUGGGAGACAGAAGUGAUGAUACAAACGAGAUUGUUGAAUGUGAUGGUUGUGGAGUUAGCGUUCACGAAGGCUGCUAUGGCGUAUCUGAUGUAGAAAGCUUCUCCAGUACAGACUCCUUAUGUCAAUCAGCACCAUGGUUCUGUGAAGCUUGCAGUGCAGGUAUUGAAGAUCCAUCAUGUGAGCUCUGUCCAAACAAAGGUGGAAUUUUCAAAGAGACAGAUGUUGGAAAAUGGGUGCAUCUGGUAUGCGCUCUUUACGUGCCUGGUGUUGCUUUUGGCGAAGUAGAUCGAUUGACAAGUGUAACGCUAUUCGAGAUGCAAUACACUAAAUGGGGUGCAAAGCAAUGUUCUUUGUGCGAGGAUUCUCGCUAUGCACGCACAGGCGUAUGCAUUGAGUGCGACGCUGGAUUGUGUCAUACGUAUUUUCACGUGACUUGCGCUCAAAGAGAAGGUUUACUAUCCGAAGCGCACAGUGAAGAAGUCGACCAAGCCGACCCGUUCUAUGCACAUUGCAAGUUGCACUCUGACAAGUCCCUUGUUCGCAGGCGUAGACGUAACUUUUUAGCUUUUCAAUUGCGAGUACAGCAACGGCAGCAAAUGUUGAAGCAGCCUAAUCAUUUAGACACAGAUGAACAUCGCAGGAUUGAAAGAAAAUUAGGGAAACAUAGGCAUAAAUAUUUAGCACAUAAAGCUUCGCGUCCACCUCCAUGGGUACCUACGCAAAAGAUGCCACGUUUACUGACUACGUCCGCAUCUGCUUGUCGUCAACUAGCGCGGAAAGCCGAACUGAUGGACGUAGACACAACUGCCUUGGAGGCGCAAGAAGCUCAAGUGGUGGCGUUGGUCGAUGUUAGAAAAAAGUGGCAUAUCGCUCCAGCUUUCAGUGUAGAAUUUAUUGGUUAUUACUUGGAUCGCAACUUGCGCGUAACAUCCAUGAAAAGACGACUACAGGAGCUUCUCGAUAUAAAUUCACAAUUAUUAAACGAAGAACAAAAGAUGGAGCAAAAGUACAAAGAAGUGAAGAAGGACAAGGAAGAGCGGAUUCAAUUAAAUGUAACGUUGAAAGAAAAGAUAGAGAUGUAUCAUCUGGUACUUAAAACCGCCGGUUACACGAAGCCUCUGCCGCUGCUGGCGGACCUGCUGACUAAGCCAAAAAUAGCACCUACACUUGGUACAGGAACAGGAGGUACAUUAGGUGUGCCAACGGCAGCUGCCUUGAAAAUGGGAGUCGGAUUUCCACUGACUAUGGGUAAGGGCGCCGAAGGUGCACGCGAAGGUAGAGUGUUGAGCAGCCAAGCGCAAGAACAAAAUCACAAAGGCGAACUGACUUUGCGACACCAGUGUGGUAUCUGCAGACGAUCGACCAAUCAACAUCUUCUUGCCAAGUGCGACACGUGUCAUUUGCAUUAUCAUUUGUCUUGUUUGAGUCCACCUCUAUCACGGAUGCCCAAGAAAACGAGACUGAUGGGAUGGCAAUGCUCAGAGUGCGAUAAGGAAUCCUCAGGCUCGGAGGUGGAGCACGUAGACACCUCGGCACCGCGUAAAUUAAGACACUGUAAGGAUGACGCAAAUAUGACGCUUACACCGCCACAGGAAACACAAACAACGCCGAGCACACCUACUACAUCGAAAAAUUCGUCCAUUACCAGCAGCGUGACAAACGUCGCCGUUCCCGACACGCUCACGACGCCAAAAUUAACUAUUAAACCAAUGGGGCCGCAACCGUCAGUCGUAGAACCUGCACAGAUAGCUGAAUCGGCAUACAACCAACAAUCUGUUAAUAACAUUACCAUAACAGCAAGAGCAGGUUCGCCGGAAUAUAUGGUAGCUUCAGCAGACGGAACGGAAUCCGUUUCGCAGAGAAGUGGGAAGAAAAGGAGGAGGGAAAAACACAAGAGAUACACACCGGACCCGAUAACCGGGAUCAAACAAAGGAAAAGGAAGCACAAAAGGAAAAGUUUGGAUAUCGAAAAUCCAGAAGUUCAAAGCCAACCGGAAGUUCACAGGAGGAUCACGAUAAAGAUAAAACCAAUUCCACGACCGGAAGGCGACGUAGCCUCUGAAUCAAGCCCGCAAAUGUUUGUGGCUACUUCCACGAGUACCGAAAUCACACUGCCGCCGCCGCUUCUGCCGCCACCGGUUGCAAACGCGCCGCUACCGGGGAACGUAUCUGUGAAUAGCAGUAGUCGUUGGACGACAGGAACUGCGAAGAAAGGGAAGGACACGGAUCUUUUGACGCAAUGCAACGUCUGUGAUACUCCCGGUACCAAUCAGAAUCUCGUUAUGUGUGACGAAUGUAAGAAGUGCUAUCACUUCACUUGUUUAGAUCCUCCUGUGAAAAAGUCUCCGAAAAGGAGAGGCUAUUCGUGGCACUGUGCCGACUGCGAUCCUAGUGCCUCUGAAUCUGAGACUUAAUAUCAACAAUUUUCUAUCUGCAGCUACAAUUCUACGUUUAUAUAAAUAAGGCAUUCACACAUAUACACAGAGUAUCUCGUUACAGAGUUUUUCUUUUUAUGGGAUAUAUAUGAAAGUAUAAAGAGAACCCGUUUUUGUAGUUAGAAAGAAAUGAAUUUUGGAAGUUACUAAAAAUUUGUCUUGAAAAUAGGCUUUACUGGAGGUUUACGUUACAUUAUAACGUAGUUCGCGCUACUCGUUUUCUUUUUUUUUUUUUUUUUUUUUAUGAAUUCUUUUAACGACUUUUUCAUCAUAAUGCUUUGUAGUUUCAUAUAACGCGCGCAUUCUUACGUAAAGAAUUACUAAGUAAAUUGUAGAGUAAGAAAUAAAAGAAGUGUACAAAAGAGAAUAUUUUUACAUGAGGCAAGAAGACAUACGAUACUAUUUUAAAUGCAAAAUUACAAAGCCUGAGAUGAGCAAAAUAAUUUAUCUACAUCCGAUGCUCAAGAAGGUAUUAACACACGACAAGCAGCUUAUUAUUUUCACAGUGUGAAGUCACUGCGUCUCUAUAUUAUAUUUAGUACGUUCUAAGUCUAAAACUAUUAUAGUAAAUAAAAGUUUAAUGUAAUUA